AUGGAUAUAAAUGAAUAUAAGAGCAACGAAGUGCCUGAGUGUGAUGAUCGUCCACGAUAUGGAGGUCCUCUCGGCGAAGACGAUGAUUCCGAGGCCAAACGUAAAGCGGAGGAGAGAGAAAUGAAAAAAGCGGAAGUGCGUAAGCGCCUCGAAGAAGCUGGAAAGAAAAAGGCAAAAAAGGGUUUUCUGACUCCAGAAAGGAAGAAGAAACUUCGUAAGCUGCUUAUGAUGAAAGCAGCAGAAGAUCUGAAACAGCAACAAUUAUUGAAAGAGCAAGAAAGACAAAAAGUUCUAUCGCAACGUACAAUACCAUUACCAGAUGUUGACAGCAUCGAAGAUCAUGGUAAACUGGAAGCAAUUUACAAUCAACUGUUUCAACAUAUGGUAAAGUUGGAAGAAGAAAAAUACGAUAUUAACCAAGCAGUCAUGGCUAAAGAUGCUGAAAUCAAUGAACUUACAAUUGCUGUGAAUGAUUUGCGAGGAAAAUUCGUGAAACCAACACUCAAGAAAGUAUCAAAAUAUGACAAUAAAUUCAAGAAAAUGGCUGGACAAAAAGAAGAUAAACAGGACUUCCGAGCAAAUCUUAAAGUGGUCAAAAAGGAUAAUGUCAUCGAUGAUAUCGUUAACAAACAAAUGGCAAAAAAAACUGAUAAGCCUGAAUGGUCCAAAAAAGGUAGUGAUAAAGGUGGUGCUGAAGCAGAGGAGAAGAAGCAGGAAGCACCAGUGGAGGAAGCUGCACCACCUGAAGAAGUUGCCGAAGAAGAAGGUGCUGAAGAAGCUGAUGAAGGAGAUGAAGAAGCUGAAGAAGAAGAAGAGGAAGAGGAAGAGUGA